AUGGCCGACAUAACUGGACGCCGCAGACGAGACUUCCCGUACUCGAGACCUGGCUUGAUGACUUUGUCAGAAGGGCGGGCGCAAAGUCUAAGUGGCAAAACAGAGGUUGGACGUAGUUUCAGCAGUCGCGACUCGGCUGAUCUUUCAGGAACAAUUCAAGGUCCUGAUGAACGACCUGCAAUUCGUCCGCAAGCUGUUUUUGCUGGUGGCCUUCGUGGAGGAAGUGGUCCUGGAUCACCGGGAACGGGAGAUGGUGAGAUUGGUUUAUCUGGCAUUGGGAGACCGGCUCAGGGUACAGGACAGCCGAGUCCCAAACCUGCGGAGACUGAGAAGGAUCCGAAUUUUAAGAUCCCUGCUCCUACAAAAGGGAAACCACCACCAUUGGAUAUUUCGCAGUUUAAAAAUCCAGAUGGUACUUAUGAUAUGGCUAGAAUACAAGCUGUGGUAUCGACUCGGGUUCAGGCUGGAGUUCGAGAAACGAGAGCGGAGCGUCGGGCAGAAAGAGCUCGGGGCUCCAUGGCUCCUGUACCGGCGAUGAAACCCCUUGAUACUACACAAGCAACGGCACCUUUGAGUAGGGCAGAGGAAGUUAACCCUUUGCAAAGUCCUUUGAAAGAUCCUUUGCAAGGUGAUAGAUGGGGCGGGCGAGGUAAACCACCACGAAGACCGCGAAGACCUCUCUUUCUCUCCCCUGAUCUCUCCCCUAUUGCUGAAAGAAGUUCAACGGGUAGUAAGAAGACGGAAAAUUUUGAAAGUCCAAAGAAAACUGGAGGUGGUGAAGACUUGGAGACAGGGGAGGUAGAUUCGCAUAAGGGAAAAGAACCUACUGGGGAAGAAGACAAAGCAGACCGACCAGCGGCUGAGGAACCUGUAGCAGAUGAUGAGGGCAGUUUAUACGGUGCAUCUCCUCCAAGACACCCUGUUCAAAAGCCUCUACCGCAUGAUUCGAAUAAUUCUCCAGGCCAAAGUGAAAAAUAUCGUAGAUGGGCUGCCGAACCUGCAGAAUCACCUACCGUCGAAGAAAAGUUUAAGGAGUGGAUAGACCGUGAUAGAAGCUCGGAAAGCAAAACUGCAGCUCAAGAGCUCGAAGCGUGGGCACAAAAUGAUCUGUAUGAUGCACGCGAAAAACAUCUGGCGUGGCUUUUUGAACAGAGAAGUGUAGCGAGUCGUCGGCUCAAAAUUGAAACCGAUCAGAGCAAAAUACUCCAAUUGCAAAACGUCAUCAUCAGGUGCACGCUUGGUAUCAAAGAAUCUAUUAGAUUAGAAGAAAGACGGCAAAGUCUCAACACGUUAAGAAAUAAUGUGGAGUUGGAAACCAAUGUCCUUGUGAAACUCAGAUUACAAGAACUACUUGAAGUAUUGGAAGCCAAAAUUGAACUUGAAGAAAAGGUCGAACUAGUAAAACUCCAAGUUCACAUGCGUCCUGAUUCCGUUUGGCAAAAAGCGAAGGAUAUGACGCCUGCCGAGCGAGCGGUGCUAGAGAUGCCGGCUGGACAUCAUUUCGCGGCACCUGCACAACAACCGCCACCUAUGGUACUUCGAGAGUCUUUUGCUGAACAGCUUCUGAGAGAUAAAUGGGAAAAAGAAGAUGCACCUGAAGAACUAGAAGAUCUUUUCGAUCAGAUUGGUGAAUUCUCCGAUUCGGAAGAUAGAGACAUCUAUUGGGAAGCUUUUCAAGAUAUUCGUCGGCCCAUUUUACUCCAGAGAAACAAGGAAUUGACCGACCUUUGGAAAGAACAAGCGGAUGAGCGAAAUAAGGAGGAAGAAGAGGUAAAGAAGCGUCAAUUUGCGGAUGCCCUCGCGGCGACGGGAGUACAUGAUGCGCAAAACGCACCACCGGUGGUUGGGCAAAGAAAACGGAUGGAUAUUUCUGGACUCGUAGUCGCUCUUAAAGGCAAGGGAGUCGUUAUACCCGAACCAUCUACACAAGGUGAAAAGGAUUCGGGAAGAAAAGGUCUACUCAGUGUUCGCACAGCGCCUAAAGGAGCUGGAGAUGGUGGAGAAGCUGAGACGGCUGUCACCGUUAACAGAAACAUAUCACUUCCUGAGCCGCGUCCUGGUUCACCCUUUAGACCUGGAAAAUCACUUUCGUCGAUUCAAGAACAGAGAUCAAGUCUUACCUUUGAAACGGAUCGUGAGGUUGCAGAUUUCUUGGAAUAUCUGACGAUGGUAAGAAACAACGAGGAGGUAGUCAGGACAGGUGAAGGCGAACUGAUUGAUUCGGAGUUGAUGCGGGUAAAAGAAAAGAGUGUGAUGAAUCCUGGCCCGAUUAACCCAGCCGAAGAGGAGAAAAGUCAAAAGCGGAUUCGAGCUGCGAAGAAAAGAUUAGAAAAACUGGUUGCUAGACUUAUGAUGUCCAAAGAGGAGCUAAAGGCUCUUGAGGAGAAGGAGCACCAGCAGAGGAAAGGGCAAAGAGAAGAAGGAUCGAAACAAGAAUUGAAGGACGAGGAAACGGCAAGAGGUAAGGGCGAAGCUGAUGAAAAGAAAAAGGAGGAGGAGAGGAAAAGAGAUGAAUUAGCCAAAGCAGACAAAGCCGAGAAGGAGAGAAAGGAGAGAGAGGCAAGAGAGAUGGCCCUCAGAGAUCAGAUUAAUAGAGAGAGAGAAGAGAAAGAAAAGGCCGCUCAAAUCGCUAGGGAUAAGAUUGCUAAAGAUUUGAAAGAUAAGGAAGAUAAGAAAAAGCCAGGUGCACCGAUUGAUGUUGGAGAUAUUUUGAACAAGAUAAAAGAUGGUCUCCUGACAAAAGCUGGAGCGGUCACUGCUUCAUUAGAUGAUCUCCUGGCUGAAGCUAAACGGGUCAACCCUGCGGCUGGAGGGGUCACUCCUUCCACGCCGGCGGGUAAGGGCGAGGACAAGCCUGGGGAAAAGCCACCUGCGGAGCAAAAGGCAGAAGCUGAGAAGAAACGUGCAGAAAUGCAGAAGAAAGCUCAACAGGAGGAAGAUGAGAAAAGGAAAAGGGACAAAAUCGCACAAGAUAAGAACGAUGAAAUCGAACGGAAAGAGCGUGAACGGGUGGAAAAAGAACAGGCUCAGGAGGCACUUAAAGAGAAAAAACUUGCGGAUGAACGAGGAGAGGAGAAAAUUGGCGGAAAGAUGAAGAAGCAGAAAGAACGCGGAGAAAAUGAACGCCUAGAGCGAGAGGCGAAGGAUAAGCUAGAUCGAUUGGUAGAUGAACAAAUUGAUCGUUUGCAGAAGGAGCUUAAACAAAACGAAAUUCUGCAGAAAGAAAACGAGAAGAAACGUCAGGAGCAGGAGAAGAAAGAUAAAGAAGAUCGACUGAUAGCUGAAAAAGCGAAUCAGUGGGAUAACCUUCAACGUGAAAAAGCUAAGAAGCAAAAGGAGAAAGAUCAAGUAGAAAGGGAAGAACGAUUGGCACGCGAUCACAUCGAGAAGAAACGGAAAGAAAGAGGAGAGGUUGAAACAUCAGUGACAGUAGAAAACCUCGAGUCAGAAGCUCAAAAUCCUGAACUCAGAAAGGAGAAAAAGGAACGUGAGAAGAAAGAGCAGGAUAAAAAGGAUCAAGAAGAAGCUGCUGCACUUGCAAAAAGGGCUCAAGGAGGUGGACUUUUCCAAAGCAUCGCCGGCAGAUUCAAUUUUCCCGACAUCUCCUGGUUGAGCUUCAGAGGUCCUACACACUUGCAAGGGAGAGCGGGAACCGUAGCUCCCGAUGGUCCGUCGCCAUCUAUUCGUACUCCUGUCCCGGCUGACUACGAAUUGGCCCCUGUAGAUAUAGCUUGGAUGCACGCUUAUGCUUCCGAGUCUGCUGAGCGCAGAAAGAUUAGUCUCAAUCUCACGAUUUUCACUUCUGCGAAACAACAUUUUCCGGGUGCGGCGCCACCGCAUUAUUUGGUGUGUCAUGAUAUUCCGAUACUGUGGAAUGUGUCGCAGUUGAAACGACAUCUUUCAGCGAUCGUACAAAGGGCGAAGGUGGGAGAGAGGAAAAUAGUGAAGCUGAGGAUUGAGAGGAGAUGGUUGAAGAAUGGGAGUAGGACGUUGUUGGACGAGGGAUUUAGGGAUUGGGAAAGUGUGGUGGUGGUUAUGGUGGAGAAGGGGUGGAUAGAGGGCUGGCCUGGCAAGGGAGCGCUGAGGAUGCCAGUGGAUAGGAAGGUUUGGUUGGCGGAGGCGUUUGAGGGGGUUUUUGAGAGUCCGGUGUUUGGGGAGUAG